AAAAAAAAACUACAAAUUUGCCAAAUCAAAAAUCCCAGAAAGAAAUUUCCAAGUGAAAGUCUCCGUUUGCAGAAAAACACGCAAAUAAAAUUAUAAAUUUAUCUUAAAAUUAAAAUAUUCUGUUUUUCACAACAUUCUACUUGUAAUUGCAACAAUCUAAAUAUUCCAUUCCAAUAAAAUUCAAACCAAAGCCAUCCCUUGAAAAUGUUUUAAAUUACAACGAAAAGUUGAAAAUAAAAUAAAUAGUUUUGCUGUGUUGUCUUUCUUGGUGGUGUUUCUUUUUUUUUAUUUAUUUUAAUUUUUAUUUCCAAAAAGAAACCAAUAAAAUUGUGCCAAGGAAAUAAAACAAAUCAAAAAACAUAAAAAUGCGUUCUUCUAUUGAAUUUGAAGAAUGCCUCAAAGAUUCUCCUAGAUUCAGGCAAUAUAUCUCCAAAGAGGAAUCGGAAAUCGAGCAUUUAGAACAGCGCCUGGAAAAGAUAAUCAAGCUAUGCACAGUGGCCGUGGACUCUGGCAAGGAAUAUGUCAAGAAUCAAAGUGCAUUUGCAAUGUCGCUGUGGGAUCUGCAACAGCAUUUUAUUGAUAACAAGAACGCACACAAUGCUCUUGGGAAGAUCAUUCACUGUUUCCAGGAGAUGAAUAAAUUCCACACCAUUCUACUGGAUCAAGCCAGUCGAACAGUGUUAAAGAACUUGAGUGUAUUCGUCAAGGACGACAUCAACCAGGUUAAAGACUAUCGAGGACAUUUUCAGAAAGUCUCCGAGAACUAUGACAACGCCCUCAUUAAAAAUGCGCAGGCAAACAAAAAUCGACCCCAAGAGGUGCAGGAAGCUGUAAAUAUAUUGUCGGCAUCUAAGUCAUGCUUUCAACACACAGCAUUGGACUACGUGAAUUAUAUUACUUUAGUACAAUCGAGGAAGGUUCCAUCUAUAUUAUCAACUCUACUUGACUAUUACCAAGCUUGCGGUACUUACUAUCAUCAAGGAUCUGAUCUCUGCAAUGAUUUUGAUGAAUUCUUCAAAAAUCUCUCAGACGACAUAAAUUCCCUACGCACAGAUUACCAACAAUUAGAAAAAUCAAUGCAGAAUCGCCAUUUAAGUGUGAAUAGUUUCAAUGACAACAAUACCAAUAGUUCGUCAAACAAACUCGAGGGAUAUCUCUUUAAGAAAAAAUCCAAAGGCUUCAAAACCUGGUGCCGAAGAUGGUUCUAUUUGAGUGAUAAUCAACUUGUAUACAGUGAUUUGACGAGUUUCAGGAAGCGUUCGAAUGAAGACUCAUUUUCGGUGAUGGAAGAGGAUCUACGAAUAUGUACAGUGAGGCCGGUAAACGAUGGUGAUCGUAGAUUUUGCUUUGAAGUGAUUUCUCCAACAAAGUCACAUACACUUCAGGCAGACUCUUCGGAGAUGCUUCAAGCUUGGAUCGGUGCACUUCAGAGGAGUAUUGGGGCAGCAAUCCAAUAUAAUAGCAUCAAUUCAAAGCAGCCGCAAUCAUCUCUGCCAUCAAACGCUUUGAAUAUAAAAAGAAGAAUCCAUUGGGAACAGUUCUUGAAGAUUCCUGGUAAUUCUCAGUGUUGCGAUUGUCGGGGCUCAGAUCCACGAUGGGCGUCAAUAAAUCUAGGCAUAACUCUGUGCAUUGAGUGCUCUGGAGUUCAUCGAAGUCUCGGAGUUCACUACAGCAAGGUGCGUUCACUCACGCUUGAUGCCUGGGAGGCAGAAAACGUCAAAGUGAUGAUGGAAUUAGGCAACGACAUUGUAAAUCGAAUAUAUGAAGCUCACAUCGACGAGAACAGCAAUCUGAAGCCGGCUACAGAGAAUUGUGAUAUAAGCGUGCGCGAAGCAUGGAUUAAGGCAAAAUACAUUGAAAAGCGUUUCAUUUGUGGAAUGCCAAAAAUAGAAGAACUAGAAAAUAUCGAAUGUUUCGGAGCCGGCGGCGAAGUGGCAACGACUCGCAAAUGGGGUGUUAAGAAAUUCCGACGCAAGUACCCCAAUGGAUCGAGCUCAAAGUCGGAUGGUGAUGAUGAAUCUUUGAACAUUCCAUCAAUGUCCCUUAGUAUAUCACGAGAGGAUCUGAUGAUCAUAGGGGAAAAUUUAAAAAUCGAAUCAUGUGAUCAGCCGGGAAUUCUUGGAUCUGAUCAAGAAUCCACGGAAGGCGAAGAUGAUUAUAUUGUUGAAGAGGAGCGUUUUGAAAAGCUCAGUGCGAAUCUUUUGUUGUAUAAAGCUUCAAGUGUACAUAAUCUGCCGGUUAUGUGUAUGGCAUUUGCUUUGGGUGCCGAUAAGAAUUGGAAGAAUACAGAUGAUUCGAAUAGGACAUAUUUGCAUCAGGCAGUGUUAUCGGGAUCGGUAAUGGCUUGUGAAUUUCUUCUACUUAAUGGAGUGCCAAUUGACGAAAUAGACGACUUUGGUUAUUGUGCCCUUCACUUAUCCACACAAAAAGGCUGUAUUGCUCAAGCUUACCUUCUGUUGAAACACAAAGCUAAAUACGAUAUUGUUGCUAAGGAUGGAAAGAAACCUCUUGAUAUUGCUGUCGAUCAACGAAAUGCUGAUAUUGUUACAUUAUUACGAUUGACUCGACUUAACGAUGAAAUAGGUCUAAGUGAUGAAGGAAACGGCGAAGACGAGACCUACAAAGAUGUUAUGAAAGAUUUUUCCAACUUCGCCUCAAGUCAACCAAGAAUGUUAAGAAAUCGCACCGACACAAACACUCUCGAAUCACAAGCUUCUUCUUUGACGAAUUCAGAUUGAUGAAAGAAGAACAAAGAAAAACCAGAAGUUUAAAAUUGAAUAUGAUGCUUAAAGUUGCACUCGCUAUUCCAAAAAAAAAAAGAAAAACAAAAA